AUGGCAGUUCCAAAGCUGAAGCUUAUGAUCAGCCUUGUAUUCAUUCAAGCCCUCAUCACUUCCAUCCAAGCUGCUCCAUCAAACUCAGAUAUCUUCAGAGAAUACAUAGGAGCUGAAUUCAACAAUGUCAAGUUUUCCGAUGUCCCCAUUAACCCGAAUGUUGAGUUCCACUUCCUUCUCUCCUUUGCCAUUGACUACGACACCUCAGGUUCUUCACCCACCAAUGGAAACUUCAACGUCUUUUGGGACACUGACAACCUCGGCGCCUCUCAAGUUUCAGACAUCAAGAAUUCCCAUUCAAAUGUGAAAGUUGGAUUAAGCUUAGGAGGGGACAGUGUCAAUAGUGGCUCUGCUUACUUCAACCCUUCCUCAGUUGAUUCUUGGGUUUCUAAUGCUGUUUCUUCACUCACAAGUAUCAUCCAGCAGUACAAUCUAGAUGGGAUUGACAUCGAUUACGAGCACUUUAAAUCUGAUCCUAACACCUUCUCCGAGUGCAUUGGAAGGCUGAUAAAAACACUCAAGGACAAUGGUGUCAUCAAGUUUGCUUCCAUUGCUCCUUUUGAUGACGACGACAUUCAGAGCCACUACUUGGCCUUGUGGAAGAACUACGGCCAGUUGAUAGACUAUGUGAAUUUCCAGUUCUAUGCAUAUGAUCAGAGCACCACUGUGUCUCAGUUCAUCAACUAUUUCAAGAAGCAAAGCUCAAACUACAGCGGAGGGAAGGUUUUAGCAAGCUUUAGCACCGAUGGGAGUGGUGGAUUGUCCCCUGAAAAUGGGUUCUUCACUGCCUGCCAUAGGCUCAAGAGUGAACAAAACCUUCAUGGCAUCUUUGUUUGGUCUGCUGAUGAUUCCAAGAAAAAUGGUUUUCGCUAUGAAAAGCAAUCCCAAGCCCUUUUGGCAAUUCCACACUAG